AGCUGAUCUGCUGGUAGCUGCCACAGCCUCCAGCGGUGGCUACAGUUGAAACCCUAACACCACGCAGGAAGAGGUCAUCAUCAUGUCGGAUGAUUUCUUAUGGUUUGAAGGCAUAGCUUUCCCUACUAUGGGUUUCAGAUCCGAAACCUUAAGAAAAGUACGUGAUGAGUUCGUGAUAACGGAUGAAGAUGUAAUAAUAUUGACUUACCCCAAAUCAGGAACAAACUGGUUGGCUGAGAUUCUCUGCCUGAUUCACUCCAAGGGGGAUCCCAAGUGGAUCCAAUCUGUGCCCAUCUGGGAGCGAUCACCCUGGGUAGAGAGUGAGAUUGGGUAUAAAGCACUCAGUGAAAAGGAGGGUCCACGUUUCUUCUCAUCCCACCUCCCCAUCCAGUUAUUCCCCAAGUCUUUCUUCAGUUCCAAGGCCAAGGUGAUUUAUCUCAUGAGAAAUCCCAGAGAUGUUUUGGUGUCUGGUUAUUUUUUCUGGAAUCACAUGAAGUUUAUUAAGAAACCAAAGUCAUGGGAACAAUAUUUUGAAUGGUUUUGUCAAGGAACUGUGGUAUAUGGGUCAUGGUUUGACCACAUUCAUGGCUGGAUGCCCAUGAGAGAGGAGAAAAACUUCCUGUUACUGAGUUAUGAGGAGCUGAAACAGGACACAAGAAGAACCGUAGAGAAGAUCUGUCAAUUCCUGGGAAAGACGUUAGAACCUGAAGAACUGAACUUAAUUCUCAAGAACAGCUCCUUUCAGAGCAUGAAAGAAAACAAGAUGUCCAAUUAUUCCCUCCUAAGUGUUGAUUAUGUAGUGGACAAAGCACAACUUCUGAGAAAAGGUAUAUCUGGGGAUUGGAAAAAUCACCUCACAGUGGCCCAAGCUGAAGCCUUUGAUAAACUGUUCCAAGAGAAGAUGGCAGAUCUUCCUCGAGAGCUGUUCCCAUGGGAAUAAUGUCCAAAACACUCUGGGUCUUAUAUGGAGAAUGACAUUGAUUCUCCUGUCCUUGUACAUGUACCUGACUGGGGUCAUUGCAUAAGACUUACUAUUUUAUCCUGAAACCUUAAAUAUCAAACCUCUGCA